GGAGGGUCCUGGACGAACUCCUGCAGACCUGCGUGGAGCCCCGCGACUGCCCGGUGUGCGAGGUGUCGGGCCGGCGUCUGGCGCCUGGGAGGAAGGUCACCUUGAACCCCGAGGACCCUGCUCGCUGCCAGACCUGGUACCCGCCCCGGUCCCGGCCCCCGGCUGGGCGCGUGUGUGGUCUAUGCGGGAAUUUCGACGGGGUUCAGAACAACGACCUCACCAGCAGCAGCCUCCGGGUGGAGGAGGACCCUGUGGACUUUGGCAACUCCUGGAAAGUGAGCGCGCAGUGCGCCGACGCACGCAAGGCCCCCCUGGGCAUGGCCCCGACGCUGUGCGGCGGUGACCUGGACAGGCAGUCGGUGGCCGAUUCCUCCUGCAGGAUUCUCACCAGUGACCUCUUCCACGCCUGCAACCAGCUGGUGGACCCCGAGCCGUACCUGGACGUCUGCGUUUACGACACGUGCUCCUGCGAGUCGGUGGGGGACUGCGCCUGCUUCUGCGACACCAUCGCUGCCUACGCCCACGCCUGUGCCCAGCAGGGCCAGGUGGUGGCCUGGAGGACGCCCACACUGUGCCCUCAGAGCUGCGAAGACAGGAACGCUCGCGAGAACGGCUACGAGUGUGAAUGGCGGUACAACAGCUGCGCGCCGGCCUGCCCCAUCACCUGCCAGCACCCUGAACCCCUGGCCUGCCCUGUGCAGUGUGUGGAGGGCUGUCAUGCACACUGCCCUCCGG